AUGUGGCUUGGAAUGUCGAGGCUAGUUACUUACCUGCCGAUAUGCAUCACAAUGGUGUUAAUCUUCUGUUCGUGGUGGAUGCUGGUCCAGAUGGCAAAGGGUAUACGUGGGGUUUCAUUUGCCGCACGUAUAGCAAGGGAAUGCUGCUCAGUGGCAUUAGGUAUUGCGGCGUACGCUGUGCUUUUCCUCCCUGUUACUUUUCGUUGGGUCGGAGCUUCAAGUCUGAUGCAGCGGAGGAACCUUUGGAACGCUUUUCUUCUGGCGUCGAUCGUUGUUGCGGUAAUCCACUUCUUUAUACACCUAACGAUUUCCGCUCGUCACCGCCAGACGCAAGAGCUUAUGUUGAUCUUUUUCCGUAUUCUGGCGGAUAGCGUCAUGCUUUGUUCUGGCUGCGCAAUUGUACUGGGGCCGGCGUGCCGUGUUUUUCAAUGUUUUUGGGGUUCUAAGCGUCAUGGGGAAAAAGACGAGUUGCGCUCGCGUAGGUUGCCGUUUUGGAGGAUGCGGAUUAUUUUGAUAGGCGGCGUACUGGCGCUUAUGCUUUUUGUUCCAAUUAUUCCCUUGUUUCUCCCAGGCGAUGCAAAGCGCCUGUUGGAGGUCGGGAUGCUCGGAGACCGCGUCGACUUUUGUGGACUCGAGGGUCUAGCGUUGUCGCGCGCUGCCGCAACAGGGUGGGUGCUUCCCGAAUACACGCACCGCCGGCUGCUUAACGCGUUUGGCGGAAGUGAUCAGUGUGGCACGAACACGAUCUCCUUCCUUGACGAGGAGGAGGAGGUCUUGGUUGUCUUUCCCCUCUGCCCAGAUGGAAAGGAGCAGCCGCGGGUGUACAUUGAGCGCCCGGAGCGCAGCGAGUUGAAUGGGGGGACGGAGGUUCUCCCCAAGGUGCUUAACAUGAGCAAAGUGUGGCAUCAAACCCUAGAGAUGCGUUAUGGGACGAACGAGACAGUUCACCAAUCGAUGGGUGUUCACGUGACCCGUGACCCAGCAGGGGUGAUUCAGUCUGUGGAGGUUAUUCCGUCCCGUCUCAUUCCGGUUUCACGGAAGCCGCGGAGCGACUAUGAGCGAAUUGCACGUGCAGGCUGGUCCUCCAGUAAGGUUUGGGAGGUUCCGCUUGGAGAGAGCGGGGCCUACAGUGUUCAUUGCCCUACUUCAGACUACGAGGAGUACCACGUGUUUCCACCUGUCCGGUGCCGCAAGGCGGCUGCAGGGGAAAAGGUAUUUGAGGGGAAGGGGCGGGACGACGCAGGUCCCCCAGCCAGCGUUCUCGUUUUGGUGCUGGAUGCAGUGAGUCGUGCGGAGGUGCAGCGGUCUUUGCCAAAAUUUAGGAACUGGCUCCGCAAUUUCCGAAGCAACAGGUCAAGCAAGCACGUCUUUGUGGAGGCGCAGGGCGCCACAACGAUAUCUCACAGCACGGAUGCCAAUCUUGUUCCACUUUUUACUGGCAACAUUCUGAGCCGUGUGCGCGGCAGAAAAAGUGAGAUUGCGGAGCGAAGCCUCUUCCGGUUAGCAAAACAAAAGUAUGGCAGCCGAUUCAGUACCUCCUACACCAUUGGAGACUGCAUGGACGUGAUGCUGUCGCUCUUCGGUGGAACUAAAGACAGUGCGGGGUUUGGCGAGCCGUACGGGAAUGACUUGGACUACAACACCUUUGGGCCUUUCUGUCACAUUCAAUACUCGGCGCUCGAGGGCAACUUCCAAGGGGCCAACAGCAUCCUGCGCCGGUGCAUUGGUCAGCAGUAUGUGCACGAGUACGUUUUGAAUUACACGCGCGCCCUCGUCAGGCGACGGCUGCGUCGGAGACGACAAGAAAACCAACAAACUCAGGCGAUGUCCCCGUCGCAAAAUGCCUCUGUGCCUUUGCAAGAUGAUGCCGUCUUCUUCCUUGACGUCUUGCACCUGCUUGAGGGCCACGAGGGCACCCACGGUGUGGUGUACCUCGUGGACGAUGCCCUCACCGCCUUCCUCGACGACCUGCAAAAGCGUCUCGGCUUCUUCGACGACCCCUCCAAUGCCUUGCUGCUGCUUUCUGACCACGGCAACCACAUGGGCCCCUACUACGAACUAACGGCACCCGGGCAGCUCGAGCGCGCGCUGCCGUUCGCGGGCUUCAUCCUGCAUCGCGAGCUGCUCUCCCGCAUGGAUCGCAUCAAGGGUUACGCUGCGGGGCUCUCGCUCUCGAACAUGAUGCAGCGCACUCGCCGCAUCUCAACCACGCUAGACCUCCACAUGACACUUGCGGAUCUCUUGGGCGUGGAAGCGAAGGUCCCUCGAACGCUGCGAAACCUCGCCGUAUUGCCGUCGUCGCUCUUCGAUGCACGUGAUGUUCCGUCCCGGCUUGAGCGCUGCUCCGAACUUGGGGCAUUGGACAGCAAGCGGUCUGGGUGCUUUCUGAUGUGGUGCGAAAAAAAGUGA